CUGGCAGGGGCUCGUCAUAUAAAACCUGCACUUUGCCUUUGUUUACAGCAGAGGAUUGAACGCUGCUGUUACUCAGGAGUGUUACGCGCUUCUUAGUGUUUAAUCCUGCAGACACGCGACUUAACCUAGUACAGUUUCGUUUUUAUCUUUGCGUUGGAUAUCAGCGAUAAGCAGUCAUGGUGGCUAUGACGAAGAGAGUGAAAACAUUCCAGAUUAUUUUUACGGACCCUAGCAAGACUUUCUAUUGCGGCGGGGACACGGUGUCCGGUCGGAUAGAAGUGGAAGUGAACGAGGUGACGCGUGUAUCCGCGGUAAAGAUUCUGGGUCUGGGACACGCCAAAGUGGGGUACGCUAAAGGCAAACAGCGGUGCCGACAGGAGGCCGAGUACCUUCGGUAUGAAGCGGUACUGCGACUGGACGACCAGCCUACAGAUUCUGACGGAUCAGUUGUCUUGAGGCCUGGCAACAAAUAUGAAUACAUAUUUGGAUUUGAUCUCCCUCAGUAUGGGAAGCUGGUGUCAACAUACAAGGGGAAGUUUGGCUAUGUCCAGUACUAUGUGAAGGCCGUGAUGGAGAGGCCACACCAGAACCCCCUCGAAUGCAAGAAACCAUUUGAAGUGGAGGAGCCUCUGGAUGUCAACACCCCAGAACUGCUGUCUCCCACAGGUGGCAUGAAGGAAAAGAAAGUCACCUGCAUGUUCAUCCCUGAUGGUCAGGUGUCACUGAACGCUAAAAUUGACCGCCGUGGCUUUUGUGAAGGUGAAGACAUCUGCAUCAACGCAAAGUUUGAGAACACCUGCUCCCGCAUUGUGGUGCCCAAGGCCGCAAUCAUUGCCAAACACACCUACCAAGCCAAUGGCCGCACCAAGGUCUUCCGCCAGAAGCUGUCCUCGGUGCGUGGAAACCACAUCAUCUCCGGCAUGUGUGAUGCCUGGCAGGGCAAGACCAUCAGGGUGCCAAAAAUCAAACCAUCCAUGCUGGGUUGCAACAUCAUCCGUGUGGAGUACGCUUUGAUGAUCUAUGUCCACAUCCCUGGUAGUGAGAAGCUGAUUCUGGAGCUGCCUCUGGUCAUUGGGACCCCUGGUCUGGGCAGCCGCAGCAACAGUGUGAGCAGCCAGGAGGGUUCGGUCAGCAACAGCUCUCAGAGCUGGGUGUCCCUCAGGGUGCCCUCUGACCCUCCCAGCUAUUGUGACAUCACCCGUGACUGUCACCUAGACCAGCCCCUCACACCGCUCCUGGAUGACUUCGAUGGAGACGACAGCCCCAUCUUCAUGAAUGCACCAGCGUUCCCGUUUCCACCGCUUCCGACUUACACUGAGGUGGAGGAGGAGUACAAUGGCAAUGCCCGCAUGCUGCCAGUCUGCUGAAGUGCAGGGAAUCUCAAACUGUGGUCCAGCUCAAAAAGGAGCUGAUGGUCCAAACUCCAGAUGAGAUGUGUUGGAUCAAGAAGUAAAGUCAGCACUGUGGAGGUGGACAGAGAGACGCUUAUCUGUUCUAACAGCUGUCUUCACUGCACUUCAUCACCUACGCUGAUCUCAUUAUUCCUCCUGGUGCUCUGCAGGGCAUGGACAUGGAGUUCAAACCUCAGAACAUGUGUGGUGUGCCACAUUCCUGAAUAGGCUGUCCCUUCCGGAGGCUCAGACCGUCAGGUCUCAUUGUUCAUUUACAGACACUGUAUGGCUUUGUUAUUGGGGCCAAGCAAUAUUCAAGUCACCCCCCAGCCUUCUGUUAUAUCUUUGCUUUUUUGGGGUUUUUUGUUUGCCUCAUGCUUCUUUGUCAUUCCAGUAAGACCCUGUAUGUCAGGGAUUUCACUAGAGGAACCAUCUCUUUGUUACUUCAGUCCAGUCAGUUUCUGUUGCUGUAAAGAUGUUUGUCAGACAUACUAUGUAUAUAGCCUUUGAAAAUUACAACAUGUAGAAUAAUCUUCAUCGGAUGCUAACAGAAUCUCACGCAGCAUUAUUUGGAAAAAUGUUUUUCCCUCUAUUGCACUUUUUGAUUGAUGCAUUUUGGUCUGCUGCUGCCUUACAAGAAUUGUUGUUUUAGUUUGAUUUGAACAAUGUUUGUGAUGUGUAGAGUGAAUUUUCUGUCUAAAUCUGAAAUUGUUAGAGCUUUGCAUUUGAUUUCCAGGCUCAGUUUGGUGAAUGGCUGCAUGUGCCAAACAUAAUCUAUGCAACAUGUAUGUGUGACAUUGUGGAACGUGCAUAUGUGAGGAUGAUCAUUGUGUCUGAUCUGCAGUUGUCCCAGACAACAUUUUACUGUGAGAUCUCCACUGUGGUGUGUUCAUGGCAUCUGUUCUUCCAGGGCACUAAGAAAAUCACUGCUAAAGACUGAUUUGUGACAAAGUAUGUUUGCAAUGCAUCCUUGAUACUUAUAACAAGUAUUUUUUGUAUGAAACCCUAUGGGUUAUGUUUUUUUAUUAAAAGACAUUGAAAAAUA